AUGAAAAUGCUCCGCUUCCGCAGCCCCAGCAUCCGCUCCCUGGAGAACCACCAGGAGAUCCCAUGUACCAUCCGUUUGCUGGACGACUCUGAAAUCUCCUGCAGCAUCCAGAGAGAGACAAAAGGCCAGUUUCUGUUUGACCAUGUGUGCAAUCACUACAACCUCCUCGAGAAGGACUACUUUGGCAUUCGCUAUGUGGAUCCAGAGAAACAGAGGCACUGGCUGGAGCCGAAUAAAGCUGUGGUUCGACAGAUGAAGUCCCUGCAACCCUUCACCAUGUGCUUCAGGGUCAAAUUUUAUCCACACGAGCCAAUGAAGAUCAAAGAGGAGCUCACAAGGUAUCUUCUGUACCUCCAGCUGAAGAGAGAUGUGUAUCACGGCCGCCUCCUCUGUCCUUUUGCGGAAGCUGCGUAUCUGGGCGCAUGCAUUGUGCAAGCCGAGCUGGGUGACUACGACCCGGAGGAGCAUCCGUCCGACUAUAUCAGAGACUUUAGGCUGUUUCCCAAACAGUCGCUCAAAUUGGAACGGAAGAUCAUGGAUAUACAUAAGACUGAGCUCAGGGGCCAAUGUGCUGCCUUAGCAGAACUCAACAUGCUCCAAAGGGCCCAUAACCUUGAAACAUAUGGAGUUGACCCUCAUCCAUGCAAGGACUUCACUGGUUCCACAGCGUUUCUCGGUUUCACAGCGACAGGUUUUGUGGUCUUCCAGGGAAACAAGAGGAUCCAUCUUCUCAAAUGGGCCGAUGUCAGUAAACUCAAGUUUGAAGGGAAAACAUUUUAUGUCAUCGGCAUUCAAAAAGAGAUAUCCUUAACAGGCAGGAUACACUGUAACAAGAUGAAGAAACUGGUGUUGACAUUCCACACCUCGACCCCUGCAGCGUGUAAGCACUUGUGGAAGUGUGGGGUGGAGAAUCAGGCCUUUUACAAGUGUGCAAAGUCAAGUCAGAUUAAGACCAUGUCAAGUAGCAACAUUUUCUUCAAGGGCAGCAGGUUCCGAUACAGUGGAAGAGUAGCUAAGGAAGUAAUAGAAGCCAGUUCUAAAAUUCAGAGAGAUCCACCUGAAGUGCGCAGGGCAUUGUUUGGUCAGAGUCGAAGUUUUAGCUCUUUGAGCCAUAAAAACCUCAUCAUGAACAUGGAACCUCUGUUACCAGCCCUGCCCUCCACUAACGAGUAUGACGAAGCAGUCACAGAAAACGGCUUUGUUGCUCUGAAGGACUCGGCUGUAUUGUCUCCACUCACACAUACAGUUGCUCAUGCGGACCAGCAAAAAAGCAUGGAUGGCGCAAAUACUGCAUCACAACCUCCACCUUCUCAUGUUGCCAUGGAGACCAUAAGUAUCCGACCUCAGACACCCAAAGCGGGAACCCAGAUGGAUGAGGUCGAUGAGGAUGACGAUGCUGAAGGAGCACGGACCAUCUCUGAGCUUGUUUACAGUCCUUGCGCCAGCAUGCUUCCCACACCGGUGGACGAGAGCCAAGGAAAUGUGGAACUACUCUUCUCUUCGCCGGUCCAAAGCCCCGCCAGGCUUCUGAGGGAGCUCCAUGCCGACCCCGACAUCCAGGCCCAGCUGGAAGCUGAGAGAGAGCGUGACAGGGCCUUCGAGCGUACACGGCAGGCAGCGAGGCGAGGCGGCGGCGGGGUCCUUAGCCUGCUGUCUUCCAACUCCCAGAUCAACGCAUGCGUGUUAAGCAUAGCCCGACUGGUCGCCGCGCUCACUGGAGUCCUGAUGGUCACCGUGCCCACGCUGCUGCUGUUGCUUGAGUCCGACCUGGACGUAUCCUUCCUGCACGAGAUCCGCCAAACGCCAGAGUUCGAGCAGUUCCACUAUGAGUACUACUGCCCUCUUCGCCGCUGGAUCGUGUGCAAGUUCAGCAUGGCCAUGGAGAACCUGUGGUCUGACUGA